AUGACUACGAACAGCCACAAAUGUGGUCUUGUUACAGCACACAGAUACAAGCAGAUUUACAAUGGCUCCAAACAUACGAAGACUAGCAAAGGGCGCGUAAUUGGAGAAAAGGCUUGGGUGUUGCGCUGUAACUUUGUACAUGAGUGGUCUACCUUGUCUAGGAAACAAAAAAAAGGGUUCCGAAAACUUUACCACCAAGGAUGUCAGUGCAAGGUUCGAAUGCCCAGGCCGUCUCGAUCCAGAAGAGAGCGCUACUGUCAAUGGGACACAGCUGAUGAGGGUAAAGAUGAUUGCCAGAGUCUACACACUAUGUGUGUGCCAAACCAUCGCGAAAACAAAGGAUGCAUUUGGAGCCGAAACAGGCGCUACAGAAAAUGCAUGAAGGACAGGCAAAAGAAAAAAGAAAAGGAAAGAGAGCAAGAACCGUAAUCGUUCUGUCAGUUGUAGGCCUAAGGUAUUGGUCAGUAAGAAACCGGGGUUUGUGAAACAAUGUACAACGGUCAGUGAGAAAUUCUGCGGACACAAAGAUACUAUAGAUUAGUUGAGAUCUCGUAUAUGUGCUUAUUUGUGUGUAUUUUUAAGUGGUUGGUGCUGUAAAGUAUAUCUGUUUUUCCAGCACUAAAUAGAGUAGAAAUACCUAGAACAGUAGAAGCUCUUUCUGUCAAUUCGCUACGUAUUUUACGCCGUAUCGCAUACCUUAAUUAACAUUAUUUGUAAAAUUAUAUUUUACUCUGUUCUUCAUGUCGUUUCCAUGGCAAAAUGAUUCAUUCCUUUUUAUAUUGGUUAUUUAACAGUAAUAUCUCAGCAGGUGAUGUUCUGUAACUACUUUGACCUUUUUAGUGGAGAUUUUAAGUAACUUUGAUGUUUUAAAAUUUAUAACUUAACGUCUAAACCAUUUUAUCACUACUCCAUGUCUGCGAAUCUUAAUUAAAAAACAGAUCAAACUUUUUUUUAUAAUUUCGACACUUAAAAGUUCAAUAGUAAAGAUUUUUGCCGUGAAAAUCAAUAAAUCGCAAAGCACUCUGAGCAUCACGAUAUUUUUUUUUCAUAGCUUCUAGCUCCAUCUGUUCACUUAUAAUGAUACGAAACUGUAUAUCAAAGCUUGUGAACGACAAGUAAUUAUGACUUGAUUAUUAAAAUUCGUUCAAUAAUGUGUAAGUUAACGUGUUUUAUUAUAUUUAUUUGAAAAUAGUUUUCACGAAUCGUGAAUAGAUGGCAGCACGUAUGAUAUUUAACUAUUUUAAGAGUAACCUUCGAGGCCUAUUUUCGUACGAAGUUCUUUAGAGGAUUACCUGAGGCGUUAUCAUGGUUACUUGUAAGUGAUGCUUGGUGCUGCACGAGUAGCACGGAGCAGUAACCAUAUCAAAAUGUGUAUCAUUAUUAUGUACAGAAUGUAUGUAUGUUUUUGUAUAAUAUUUAUGUGUUAUAUAGUUACCUCAUGAGUUACAACUUAUCCUCUUUGUACGUGUUAAAUUUCGUAUGUAAUGUUAGGUUCAAGUCUAAAGAUCAACAGUUCCAAAAUAAGUGAUUUCUAUCUAAUUUUCACGUACGUAUACGCAGAUACACAUAAUAGCCUAGGGAGUAUAUGUAUAUAUAUAUAUACACACACACACAUAGCUAUUUAUGGAAAAUAUAACCAACUAAAACAAUGUAGUUCGUUAUCCUAUAAGUCCAUAAUUUAAAAUGUUUUAUUUUUGUCUUUCUGGUGGCAAACGCUUUUCCAAGAGAAAUAUAAAAAUACAGCAAAAUUUCACCAACAAACUUAAGAUAACCUUUUCUUUUUCUUUACGAUUUACCAAUAGUU